AUGGAUACCAGCAAUGUACCUCCUUUGACCGAAGAGCACGCCGAGUUUAUCAAUUCCACUGUCAAUUCACUAUACACAGUCAUUGCGGCUAUUCCUGGCUCUCAUCAUGCUUUGAACUAUCUCAAAAAUGCCUAUCAGCAUGAUCCUUUUCGCAUUGCUCUUGAGCUCUUUUUGGUGUUCUUUGCCAUUCGAUACAUGAUGUCUGCAAAAUACAAGCCUCAUGACAAUGCUGUCAAAUUAACAGACAAGGAAAUUGAUGAUCUUGUCGAAGAAUGGCAUCCUGAGCCUCUGGUUCCUUCCUUGUCAAAGUAUGACAAGUUCAACAUGGAAAAAACGCCCAUCAUUAUGGGUGCUCAAUCUGUUAAGCCAAAGAUCGCUGGCUUCACUAAGCCCUUGAUGAAUUUAGCUACUACCAAUUAUCUCAAUUUUGUUGCCUCUGGACAGAUUCAUGAAAAGGCUAUUACCACACUCAAGAAUUACGGUGUUGGCUCUUGCGGCCCUCCCGGCUUCUACGGUACUAUUGAUGUCCACAUGGAUCUAGAGCGAGACAUUGCUCAGUUUUUAGGAACAGAGCAGGCCAUCAUUUACGCUCAAGGCUUUUCUACCAUUUCAUCAGUUAUUCCCGCUUUCUGUAAAAGAGGCGAUAUCCUUGUCUGUGAUGACAGUGUAAGUUUUGCUAUUCAAAAGGGUGUCCAAAUCUCUCGCUCCAUUAUUCGUUGGUACAAGCACAAUGAUAUGGCGGAUCUGGAGAGAGUGUUAGAGGAGAUUCGCAUGGAUGAUAUUGUCCAUAAGAAGCGUCUCACUCGUCGAUUCAUUGUGUCUGAGGGCCUCUCUGCCAACUAUGGUGACAUUGCUCCUUUGGACAAAUUGGUUGAACUGAAGAAAAAAUACAAGUAUAGAUUGGUUCUGGAUGAAUCGCAAUCCAUUGGCGUUGUGGGUAAUCGCGGUGCUGGUUUGACAGAUCUGUUUGAUAUUCCUGCAGCUGACAUUGACAUGAUCGUUGGUUCCAUGGCUAAUGCGCUCUGCUCUUCCGGUGGAUUCUGUGCUGGUUCUGAAGAAAUCAUUGAUCAUCAGCGUUUAUCUGGCCUUGCUUAUUGUUUCUCUGCUUCCAUUCCUGCAAUGCUUGCUGUUUCUGCUAGUGAAGCGAUAAAAAUCAUCAAGGAUCAGCCUGUUGCUUUGACAGAACUAGCUGAACGCGGUAAGGUUUUCCGUCAAACACUAUUGCAAAAGACAUUGGAGCCCUAUGUCGACUUGUUCUCUGGAGACCCCGAAAGCCCUGCUCCCUUCUUCCAUAUUAGAGCCAAGCCUUCUUUCUUGCAAUCACAUUUAUUAGACAGUGAAACCGAAGUAUCUCGCGAUGAUGAAGAGUAUCUGCUACAAGAUGUUGUCGAUGAAUGUGCCUACCAAGGUGUUUUGAUCACUCGUACAAAGUAUGUCAUUGAUCAAGAACGUGUCUGUCCUCGACCCAGCAUCAAGAUUAGUGUCACUAUCGGUUUGACCAAGAAGGAAAAUGAAAAGGCAGCUGGUAUUGUCAAAUCUGCCAUCAUUAAGGUGUUUAGUAAGUGGAGAAAGUGA